AUGAUGGCAUACGACAGCGACGACGCUCACGAGGUUACAUCUGAAGAAGAGAUUCUGGAAGUGACCUCUGGUUCCAGCAGCGAUGCAGAUGAAGAGGAAGCGUACUGGUUGGAUUCGACGGAUGUCUCCGAUGCUUCCAGCGAGUCUUGCGAGCUUCUUGAUUUGGACCAGCCACUGCCAGAUCUGCCAAACAGACAAGACUUUCUAGACAAAAGCACAAUUCCCAUAAUUCCCAUGGAGACCGAUUUGCUAAAACAUUGCUUGGACUAUUGCAGCCAUGCUUGGCCCUCUCCUGAAGUUCACGAAUCCUUGUUGCAUACUAUGUUGGGACCUUCGCUUGGUCCCGCUUCUUCGAGUUCUUCGAACUUAGCGCAUCCCUGUAGGGAUCCUGCAGAUCUGUCAGCCCUUCCAUUUUCGGAUGGGUCCGACCAGGAGAACACGAAGGAAGCUUCUGACUUGCCCGUGGCAAAUGGACCUGGUCCCUGCCUGGAUGCGAAUGCGAAGACACUGCAGUCUGUCGGAUUGAGGCCGUCCGCAUUGAACCCACAGCUCACAUCCAAACAUGCAAAAAAGGCACACAUGCAGAGAUUGGUUCACCAGGAAAUAGAACGAAAACGCUUGGAGGAGUUGUCCAGCUCUUGGCCGAGCGCUGAGAGUAUGCGGCGGCGACAGGCCGAGUCACUGCUGCCAGUGUUAGAGGACCUGGGCUACACUCUGGAUGAUGUUGAGGAAAUCUUCAAGAGUUGCAGCGACGAUUCCCACGAAGUCCAGAUGCAAGUUGAGUCGAUCCUGGAGUCAUCCCGGAACAGGUCCCAUUCUUGGCUGACCAGCAUUCCAAGGAAACGUCAACGUGAGACUGGCCUGAAAGAGCAGCGGAAGCUAGAACUCGGUAUGUUGAAGUCGAAAUUUGGCAGCGUCAUGCGCGAGCUGGAGGUUCGGGAGGAUGGCGUCCCGGAGGUCACGCCAGAAAUGCCACAGCAGAGUUAUUGGAGUGAUCCGGCUGAACACGAAGAACGCCCUGAGAGCGUGACGGCGGCUGGGACUUCUGCGAUGCCCGAAGUUGCGAGCAUUAGGCACAUGAGCCGCGUAGAUUGCAAGAACCUGCUCAGGCAGAUGAAGCCUUUGGCACAUGCUCCCGCAGCACUGUACAAAGCCCUUGCCGCACGAGCACUGGCGGAGUACGUCCGGGUGAAGCCCCUCACAUUGCAUGACUGUUAUGCUGCCAAACCUUUCUUCGACUACCUGAACAGUUCUGAAGACAAGGUCAGCUUUCUCCAAAGGCUGCCUGAAAUACAUCCCAUGGCAGCAGUCUACAUGUUGCAGACAAUGAUGGAGUCCAACAACGUUGUCAACUUUAUUUUCCAAGAGGUUGCACGGUACGUGGCCGAGAGGAUCACCAGCUUGGACCGAGAUGCACUUGGAAGGUUGAUCUACGUUUUUGCCAAGGCGGGUGUCAAGAACCCCGGCCUCUUCAGCGUUGUGAAGCAGGAGUGUGUUCGUCGGUGCAAGCUCAAGGAGGGAGAACUCAGCCUCUCUCCCAAGGUCAUCACAGACGUCAUGGUGGCUUUCUCAACGGCCAAAAUAGUGGAUGAUGAUUUGUUCGAGGUGCUCAUGUUGCGAGCAGUCUCGCUAAUGGACUGCCCCUUGCAACAGGAACUCGCUCCUGAACUUUGUGCACCUGCCAAAAGCAGCUCUGGGAAAAGAAUACCAGCAGCUCCAUUUUCCCUGCAGGACCUGGUGCAUCUUUGUAGAUCCUUUCUGGAUGUACAUCGAGUCGAUCGUGAGUUCUUCGAAGACGUUGCGGACUAUGCCUGCCGGGCAUUCAGCACUCCUGAUGCUUCGCUGAGUGAUUCGUUCAUUGGGAAUCCUAAUGUGACGCUUCCGCACAUCGCGACCAUCUUUGCCAAGGCUGAAAUCCUCCAGUUGGAUUUCUUUGCCCAUCUAAAGGCUUUGACGGCGGCUCGAAAGGAUGAGAUGCGCCCGCAGAGCAUCAAGAAGUUCCAGCAUGCCCUCCAUCUGCACAAGAGCCAACAGGAGAAGCAGGAACGUCAAAGGAGUCAGCCGCCGCAGAGGCGACGUGGAGCCAUGGGGCGCGCUUAUGUCGAGGACAAGCCCGCUCUCCAACACCAGUCCCGCACAGAAAAGGCGCGGCAACUCCGGCAGCGCCUUGCGGCAAUGACGGAGGAAGACGUCCUGAAGGAGAUUGAGGAGGCUGAGAAGCAUGCUGGCAUGAGUGCCUCCGCCAAGCUGCUUCUCAGCGGCUUCAAGGUUGAAGCUUUGUUGGAAGCACAAGAGGGGCCGAAGGAAGGCAAGAAAACGAAGAGUGAGAUCAUGGAAGCCUCAACUUCAAUCAGCAUCCGUUCAAUGGUCAAGGGGAAGAAGGCACGCAACGAAGAGGUGAGUGCCUCAGCCAAAGCCGAGGCACGAAAACAUGCCAGGGGACGCAAGUGA